AUGGCUAAGAUACUUAAAUGUCCAGGUUGUGAUCGAGAAAUAAGAACUGGUAAAACUCGAGAUCUUAAUAAACACAUGAAUUUAAAUGGAAACCUUCAUAAAGGACAAUGCCAACUAGCUUUGCUUAUAAUGCAAAAUGUAGGAAACGUUACUCCAGAGCAAAAUACACCUCAAACUGAAAACAUUACUCCAGAGCAAAAUCCGCCAUCAACUUCUGAAGGUGAUCUUAUAUCGUUUGAUGAAAACCCACUAACACUUCAGCCGAGAAAGGCAAGUGCGCCGGCAGUCGACCCCCGGAUAAGAGAAUCAGAAAUGAGUCAAAGACUUGAAGCUCAACAUCCUCGAUACUCUGCAUCAUCUAGUUCAAAGCAAAAUAGCAUGAGUUACCAAGAUAAAACCAUCUUAAUUCAUAAAAAUAUAGCAAAUGGAUUUGAGUUUUAUGAUAGGAAAAGAAAAUGGUAUGGAGUUAAAGAAGAUUUUUGUGAAUUACAUAACAAAUAUCAUUUUAUUAAAGCAAAUAAAGGAGAAACAAUUAUGGAAACAUACAAAAGAAUUAAUGAUGAGUCUAAAGCUAUUGCUAAAAAAACCAAUGGUAGAAUUGAUAUGCGUAAAUCUGAAAAUUAUACAUUAACAACUAUAAAAUUUUUCAAAGAAACCACUUUAGCACCCCAAAAAAGUGAAAAAAUAAGUGAACAAGAAAGUGCAUGGAUAGAUUUAGCAACAACUGGUGCUCUAAUUUUUGCAGAAAGAUAUGAAGGAGAAGCUAAUCAAUAUGAUAUAAAUUCAAUGUAUAUAUUUGAAAUGAUAAAAAAAGAUGCAUCAUGGCCAAUUGCACCAG